UGUCUGAAACCUCGCGAAGUUUCCUGCUUAUUUUGGAUUUUGGUGGCAGCAGCAGGCAGCGGACAGAGCUGUGGAGGAGGCAAGUCCAAGAAAGGUGGAGACUCCUGCUUUAACUUCCUGCACAAUAAUCUUGAAGCACCACCGAGAGAGAACUCGGGAGGCUGCUGCUGCUGCUUCUGCUGUGCUGCUGCUGCGAGGACGAAGACGAAUGGAUAAACGGCCCUCUUGGCUUUCUUUUUCUCGGCGGUGAAUCGACGUGAAGACACACUUUUUGUUUUACCGCGGGCGGUGAUACGCGUCUACCUGGCUGGGAGCUCGCUAGCGGCGCGGCGGCUGGAGAACACAUUCCCGACGGUCGACAGCGCGAGGCGGGGUGCGCGAGGACAGGAAUGGAGGUUGUGGUGGAGUAUGAGUACGAGGCGCUCCAUGAUGACGAGCUGACCCUGCGGCUGGGCGACAUCAUCAAGAACGUGCGCUACAUAGAGGAGGAUGGCUGGAUGGAGGGAGACCUCAACGGGAAGAGGGGCCUCUUCCCCGACAACUUUGUCAAGGAAUUAAAGAAGGAAUCCAAAGAGGUCAAGGAAACAAAGGCCGAGCCAAAAGAGGAGACCUCCCAGCCUCAAAAGAGAGAGAAGAGCGCGGGGAACGUGGCCCACCUGGUUCAGAGGAUGAGCACCAUCGGCAUCCCAACCGGCGGCUUCCAGCCUCAGCCACCAGCAACGGCAAAGAAGCCCAAGAGGAGACGGUGCAAGGUGCUGUUUGACUAUCAGCCGCUGAACGAGGAUGAGCUGGAGCUGAAAGUCGGAGACAUCAUUGACAUCAACGAAGAGGUGGAAGAAGGCUGGUGGAGCGGCGGCUUGAACGGCAAGUCCGGACUGUUUCCCUCCAACUUCGUCAAAGAGCUGGACACCGCCGGCGAGGACGGAGAGUCCAAUGACACCGUAGCGGACGAGCCCGAUGGAAGUGGAAUGGAAAGCACCGCCGCCCCCACAUCGCCUCAACCGGCCUCAGGGAACGGAGUUAUUGGGCCGCACAAGAAGAUUCGAGGCGUCGGCUUCGGAGACAUUUUCAGAGAAGGGUCGGUCAAACUAAAGGUUCGACUUCCGAGCCCCGAAACAGAGGAAAGGAAGGAGAGACCAAUCCCAUCAUUACCAUCUGCUGCAAAGCCCAACAUGACAGACUCGCAGAGAGCAGACGGAGACAACAAAUCCAAAGCAAAAGAGUACUGUAAGGUCACGUUCACUUUUGAGGCUACGAACGAGGACGAGCUGAGCAUAAAGGAGGGCGACAUCAUCCACAUCCUGAGCAAGGACACAGGAGAGCCUGGCUGGUGGCGAGGGGAGAUCGGGGGAAAAGAAGGCGUCUUCCCUGAUAACUUUGUCACCAUUAUGUCUGAGGCAGAGAAAGAGACUCCCACGUCGAGGGUCGGGUCAUUGAAAUCAUUACCUAAGCAGGAGUCCGAAGAGAAGCCGAAGAAGCCACCCCCACCAUCAAAAAGCAUAGCUCUCAAGCCAGAAGUGCCCAGUGUGGACAAGAAGCCUCAUCCCAUCAGGCCAGAGGACAGAGAUCACAAACCAUCCAAGCCUGCAGCGCCUGUGGUCCCGCCCAAGAAGCCGGUCCCCCCUCCUGGGAAAGGCAGACCAGGAAUCCUCCCACCGAAGAGGCCAGACAAGCCUCUCGCUCCCUCGCCAAUCCUCAAGCACAAUGGAGAGGUGCCUUCCACACGACCAAAGUCCGAGUUCGAGCCAUCAUUACCCACCAAACCCAAGACACUGUCUGCAGACUGGGGGGAGAAGACCUCGGAUAUGGAUCUGAUGAGUUUCGAUGACUUGUCGUCUACCUCGGAGAAGCUCUCUCACCCCACUGCUAACAGACCAAAGAUGCCUGGCAGGAGGCUGCCUGCCCAGUUUGGUGGACACUCGCCCAACAAGGACGUGAGCAUUGAGAAAUCCCUGAAGAUGGAUGAAGAGGAGCCAGCCAAACCAAAGCUAACAGAAACCAGAAAGCCUUCCACUAACAUCAUAUCCCACUCAUCGUCAUUCCACAAGCCCGCCAUGCCCACCGUAACCAGUGUUGAGGCCAAGCCGAGCCCUGCGGUAGCCCCGAGCUCAGACAGCGCGUUGCUCGGUGGCAAGGCCCGCCUGGAGCCCGAUGAGCCCAACUCCCAGCUGGAUGAGCUGAGGAGCCAGAUGAAGGACCUGCUGCUGUCUGUGGAGCUCCUGAAGGCCCAGCAAAUGAAAGAGAUAGCGGAGCUACGAGGAGAGCUGGAUGAGGAGAGGCUAAAGCGCGUGGCCCUUCAGAUGGAGAUAGAAAAACUAAAGCGGACCGUGCACUCGACGUGAAGCCCUCGCUCCAAUCAACAGCAAGCCUCAAGGUCAGCCGCUGGCCUGUCGACUAACCAGAGAGCAGGGGAGGGGAGGGGAGGGGGGUAGAAUGAACGGAGAGAGAGAGAGGGUGGAGAAUCAGACGAACCACCUGGAACACAAUCCUUUUCCGUGGGGUGUACAAAAAUCAACUCUCCCCACAUUUGUAAGAUUUACAUUUUGCACAUAUCAUUUUUUUUUUUCAAAGCUAGAUGUAAGUUACAGAUGUAUAUGUUUCUCUUUAUUUCUUUUUUUUUUUUUUUAUCUUGCCAACACACAACAAAAAAACAAACAAAACUGAGGCCUUACUUUAAACUACUGCGCUGGACGACCCUGCCGCUCACACUCUCUCCCCGUCACUCUGGUGUUCCUCGAACCCCUCAGGGAGGAGGUUCCCUCUCAGUACUACUGACUUUGUAUAAAGCAGGGUGGGGGCGCUUGUUUUCGUUUUGUUCUUUCUUUUUCUCCUCGCCUGAUUUUUCUUCUUUUUCUUGUAUUUUUUUUAUUUUUAUGAUGCACAAAUAGUUGAUUUUAAAAAGAGAAAGAAAUGUUUUGAUUUCAGUUAACAUCUUUUGAUCCUCACAUCUGUUUUUCCUUUCCUUUUCGCGGCGCCCGUCGGCAGAACUCUCCGCUCCAGGGCGCCUCGCAGAGCUCUGCUCUCGUGUUGUUCUUCAUCUUUUAUAUGGUUCCUAGCAUUCCUAUCCAGGGUAACACUACUGUGCCUGUUAAAAACAAAAUUAUAUUAAGUGUUUGUAAUGGGAGCAUACAUAUACCAUGAUGGUGUCUGGAAAUUUUGCAGCAUGAUAUUGUAUAUCUAUAUUUUUUAAGUCUACUGACACGCCUAGUCAAAUACUAUAUAUAAUAUAUAUUAUAGAUAUAUAUAUAUAUAUAUAUAGGGCCUCUUCUAUGCUGGUCUCUUCUAUUUUUGUCAAACUGGUUCACCCUGCUGGGAAUGUCCUAACAGGGUUAGCUGGAGUUCCAGUCUGCAGGUAAUGCAGACAGAAUCUACAUGCAAAAACAAACUCUGAAGACAAAGUAAGGAAGGAGAGACUGCGUUCAUUCAUUAACAUAAAAAGAAACAAAAAACAAAGCCGCCUCAUUCUGAUCAUCUCAUGCAGCUUUUCUUGUUUUUAAUCUGACCACCAAUCCCUCUAAUCCCUGUCGUGGACCAUCUCUCUUCGAUUCAGAGCUAAUCACAUGGGAAGCCUCGUCAAAAUGCGUUCGGCAUCGGUUGUCCCGUCAUUUUACAGUCUUCUCAUCUCCAUAUCUUCCCACAUUCCAAGUACGCAACUUAAACUAACUGGAA